AUGCCUCGCAUUCCCUUCCAGCUCGCCCGCCUGCUCGCCCGCCCGCCAGCACUCCCUUCCCUUCCCUCGCAGCCAGCCGUCCGCCCCAUUCUCACCGCGGUCCUGCCACGCUCCGUACCCAGCCUGCUCAACACCAGUCGGACACUCGCCCGCCUGCAGCUCGCCCCGACCCUAUCCGCUCCCUCUCCCGUCCUCCACGCCCUGCAGCAAGUCCGGUUCGGCUCGCGAGGAACAGAGUACCAGCCAUCGCAGCGGAAGAGAAAACGCAAGCACGGUUUCCUCGCCCGCAAGAAGAGCUUGCACGGCCGGAAGAUCCUGGUCCGGCGCAGAGCAAAGGGGCGCAUGUACCUCACCCAUUGA